AUGGUCCGAUUAAUAACCCAUAACCUACUAUCAUGUAACUCAAGAACCUGUUCAACCCCCACAAACUUUCCCUUAAAGUUUCAAUCAAUAACCAAACUAGAAACCAUUCCAUCAAAUUUCAAUAAAGAAUUCUUGAUGGGAUUUUUACCUAAACUUGAUUUUAAUGCUUUACUUGAAGCUAGUAGAUCAUUAGGUGAUGAUCGGUUACCUGAUUCUAUACCUGAUCAACAAAUCGAAGAUCCUAAUUCAAUACCUGAUGAGAUUUGGUUAGCAUUACACCAUGCAUUACUUGAAAUUCAUGUACAGGAAGGACAAAUGGUUUGUCCAUCUUGUUCACAUAUCUUUGUAAUUAAAGAUGGAAUACCUAAUAUGUUGUUAGCUGAACAUGAAAUUCAUCGAUGA